GAGCUCUAUCCGCAGCUUCGAGAUGCACUAUGCACCCAUGGCUUUCUCUACGCUAUCAAUCAUGGUUAUACACAAGCUCAGCAUGACAGGAUCUUCAACAUAGCUGGCAUUCCUUUUAACAACGUGUCUCCAGAUGAAAAGAAGAUGUACGCCGAUAUCGAGAAAGUCGGGUAUUACGCAGGUUAUAAACCUCGUCAAUUCUGGAAAGUCGACACGGAUAAUCAAAUUCUCGAUCAGAUUCUCCAUCCGAUCCUUCGGUCAGUUCUACUGCAAGUCCCUUCUCAAUGUUUUAGCUUACGAGCACCAUUAUACAGCUUGAUUGUGUUAAGCCUCGAGCUGCCCGAGGAGACUUUGGUGGAAAAACACAAUUUUGAUCGAACGGGAGAAACCUCUGUCAGGUUCAUAAAAUACUACAGGUGCUCAAAUGACGAAGAAGAAAAAUCAAAGAAUGUCUGGUUGAAGGGACACACAGACAUCGGCAGCAUCACCGUUCUAUGGAGCCAGCCUAUUGGGGGCCUGCAAAUCAUGGCUCCUGACAGCAAAUGGAAAUGGGUUCGACACAUUGACGAUGGUCAUCGAUACAGGUGGAUACUGCAAGCCUACGAUCCACUGUGUCAUCCAGCCCCCCCCCCCCCCUCAGACCAAUGUGCCUACGACCGUUUGGGUGCAUACUAUUUCGCGAUGCCAGACAACGACAUUCGUUUGCUGCCAUGUGCUGAAAGCCCUGUGUUAAAGCGACAGUGUCUUGAUGACGAUUCGUCAUUGUGCGAGACAUGGAGGAAGGAAAGGACAAUGUUGUAUGGGAGGACUGGUCUCAAGAGUGGGGUAGAACGUGGUGUUGAGGAGGAGGUCAUCGAGGGGAUCGUGGUGAAGCAUUAUAAUUGA